AUGUGUCAGAUAACGAACGAGCUACUACACAUACGAAAACGAAAUCCUCAAAUUACAGCAAGAGUGCCUGGAUUUUGUUUUGAUCAGUUGUCAACUGAUGGAUACAAAUGCAAAAUAUGUUUCAAAGUGUAUCAAACUGCAGGACGUUCUGACGCAAAUUUGAGAAAACACAUUGGCAGUCAACAUUAUUCACAAUAUCUUUAUCCGUCUCAACGACAUUCAAAGAAAACAUCCAUGAUUCCGCCAGAUCGGAAAAAAGAACUAGAUGAAGCAGCUGUUUCGCGCAUUAUUGAAGAUGGCCGUCCAUCUGGAGACUUCAGACGGCCCAGACCCUUCGAACACAGUAUACCUAAACACCCAGAAAUUAUGACUAAAGGGGUGCUCUGCUGCGGUUUCGGUACUCGAACACUUCUUUUGCUACAUGUAAUAAUGGGAUGUGGUUCUAGUAGAUCUGGCAACAGAGUGAAUCCGAAUAUUGACUUGAUCAGCAGCUCGACUCAUAUACAGAUCCCAACAACGAUUCCAUCGUCCGAAGAUCCAGCUAAAAAUAAAGAGGACGUAUCGAUCUUAUGGUACGGUACGCCGUCGGACACUGCAAGAAUAGCACUACAAUCGACGAAUAAUUUUUUACAAGUUUUUAGAGAAAGAGAUAAUGGUGAAUGCUGUAUAACCUAUAUGAAAAAGAUUGAAACAGAAAAAGUAGUUUUGAUAAUAAGCGCUUCGCACCUUACAAGGUAUUUAAUAGUGGAAGUAAAAGCUCUAAGGCAUGUUGACUCGGUCUUUAUAUUAACUGAUAGAAAUGCUAACGAGAUUACAGACUUCGAUUCAUAUAUUAACGAUUGUCCGAAAAUUAAAAUAUUUGCAAAACUACAUGAUAUGAUUAAUUAUACGAACCAAUGUGUAAAAUUAAUGCUUAAACAAGCAGUAGAAUUUAGUGUAUUUGAUCAAAAACAAAAAUCAACACGUGAUUUGACCCGUGAUGCCGCCUCGUUCCUAUGGUUUCAGGUUCUUCUGAGUGUUCUACAGCGUAUGCCCAAAAGCGAAUCAUCAGAACACGAUAUGUUAGAAUUUUGUAGACGUUAUUACAAAAUACGUAAUAAUCACAAUGAAUUGGGCAAUAUUGAAUUAUUUCGCACUCAGUGUACCAAACCGGAAGAUGCUAUUAACUGGUAUACGAAAGAAUGUUUUAUCUAUAAAUUAAUUAACAAGGCACUACGUACAGAAGACAUUAAUUCAUUGAUAAUGUUUCGUAGUUUUCUGGUCGAUCUGUGCGGACAGUUACAAAGUAAACAUCUACGACGAAUAGAUUCAGGUGAUACAAGUGUCAUGGUAUUGUAUCGGGCUCAGCAAAUAUCAAAAACUGAAAUUAUAAAAAUAAAAGGCAAUAUAAACAAUUUGAUAUCGACGAAUGGUUUUCUGUCGACAACACGAGAUAUCAAGUUAGCAAAACAAUUUCUUUCAAGUAAUAAAUUACACAAUCCGGACCUCGUUCCUCUAUUGUUCGAAAUUCAAGCACCGUCUAAUCUGAACAAAGUUAUAUUUAGUGAUAUAAGCGAUUUGAGCCAAUUUCCCGAAGAACAAGAAGUUUUAUUUAGUAUUGGAGCAGUCUUUAAAUUGGAUGCGGUAGAGGACGUUUCGAUAAAUAAAUAUGUUCAGAUAAAAAUGACAGCAACCGAUGAAGGUUCUGAAAACGUUGAUACCUACAUCGAUUUAACCAGGAAAGAUGCAGAAGAGACAGAUAUCACGGUAUUGUUUGGUCGGUUACUAAUUGAUAUGGGAAAAUAUCAAGAAGCAGAAAGAUAUUUUAAACAAAUUUUAAGUAGUCGAUCAAACGAAGAUUAUGACAUGGCUGCUGUUUACCAUAAUUUAGGCCGUGCUCACGGCUAUAAAGGAGAACUAAAAGAAGCUGAAAAUAAUUUUAGCGAAGCAUAUAAUAGGCGGAAAAGAAAUUUGCCCAUUGAUCAUAUUGAUGUACUGCGUACUCAAAAUAGUAUUGGUGUGAUAUAUGGUGAAAACGGAGAGUACGAUAAAGCGCUGAAAAAGUUCACUGAUGCGUUGAACAGUCAGAAAGAAAUUUUGGCACGUGAAAAUAAUCAAUCAACGACGCUUAAUCUACACAUUGCUAUGAGUUAUAGUAACAUCGGAUGGGUGAACUAUCUGAAAGGUGAAUAUGUAAAAGCACAUGAAUCUCAUAAUGCUGCUUUAGAAAUUCGGCGGACCCAUCUGCCUGAAGAUCAUCCACUGUUCGCCGAUAAUUACAGUUCAGUUGGUGCCAUCUAUCAUGCACAGGGCAAGUACAAAGAGGCACUUGAGUACCAUAAUCGUGCCCUACGUAUACGCGAACAAAAACUGCCCAGUCAUCACCCGUCCAUAGCCAAUAGCUAUCAAUCUAUUGGUGGAGUGGAGCACGAAAAUGGUAGGUAUGAACGUGCACUUGACUUUUAUAAUCGUGCACUCAAUAUACGAAUGCAAACAUUGGCUUCUGAUCAUUCGUCUAUGGCAAGUAAUUUAAGAUCUAUUGGUGGUGUUUACCUUGAUGAAGGAAAUUACAUGGAAGCCCUACAGCACUAUCAACAAGCACUCUACAUCUGUCAGAAGUCUUUCAAAGCCGAUCAUCCGUCAGUUGGCGAUUGCUUACACAAUAUAGGCAUGGUUAAAGAGCGACAAGGUGUGUUUCAAGAUGCAAUAAAGUAUUACGCGGAAGCAUUGGAGAUAAGCUAUAAAUGUUUACCCAACGACCAUCCGUCAACGGCAAAAAUUCUAAGUUCACUUGCCAACGUUUAUCUUCGACAAAGAAACUAUGAUAUAUCACUUCAGCAUUAUACACACGUGUACAGAAUUCAGCAGUCGUCGUUAAUUACAAACCAACAUCCGGACAUUGCAUUAACACUAAAUAAUUUAGGGGUUUUGCAUAGAUACAAGGCAGACUACGGUAAAGCUGCCGAUUAUUUUACAAAAGCACUGCAAAUGUGCGAAAAAUGCUUUCCGGAAAACCAUCCAGCCGUGUCUCGUACAUUAUCAAAUAUGGGUGAUAUGUACUUGGCUUCAGCAAAAUAUGACAAGGCAUUAGAGUACUAUAAACGAGCCGAAUCAAUCCGACUGGGUGCUUUAUUAGCAGAUGAUCUGGGCAUAGCUGAUAUUUAUUAUAAUAUGGGUUGCGUCUAUUACAAUAAAGAAUCUUUCGUGGAAGCAUUACCAUACUUUAUAAAAUGCAAGCGAACUUACGAGAAAAAAUACCACAGAGAUCAUGUAGAUAUCAGAAGAGUUGAAAAUAGCAUAAUGCUCGUUAAAGCAGCUAUGCAAGAAAUCGGACAUGCGCCAUGA